AGUGCGAAAAUAGUUCCAAAGCAACUCCACUAGCACAUUUACAUGUCUGUGGUAGUUCAUUCGAGUUUCGCCGCUUUCGGUUUCUGAAGAAGAAGCAAAAAACUCUGAAAGAACCUAAAAAUGCCACCCAAAUCUGCAGUACAACACAAACCAUACUUUUUCUACGGCCACCGGAAACCGACACAGCAUCGUCCUACAGUACAAGGCGGCCUUUUCUCUAAUCGCCAAACCAUAAACCCAAAUCGCCCCACCCCCAAAAACUCACCUUCUUCUUCUGCUGAUUUUGAGCUCCAAAAAUGGGACCCAGAUGACGAUUCAGGCCUAAAAUCCAAGAAAGACCCAUCUCAUGAUUUUUUCUCUUUGGCUCAGCGCUUAUCACCAAUUGGUAGGUAUAUAGUUGAUUCUUUCAGGAAACAUAAGAGUUGGGGGCCACCCCUUGUGGCUGACCUUAAUCGUCUGCGACGUGUCACUCCUAAGCUUGUAGCUGAAGUUCUCAAGCACCCUAAUAUUGAUCCUAAAAUUUCCUCCAAGUUCUUCCAUUGGGCUGGAAAGCAAAAAGGUUACAGGCAUGAUUUCUCUUGUUACAAUGCCUUUGCUUAUGGUCUGAAUCGGGUGAAUCAAUUUCGGGCGGCUGAUCAGGUUCCCGAGCUGAUGCAUAUGCAAGGAAAGCCGCCUAGUGAGAAACAAUUUGAAAUCUUGAUCAGAAUGCAUGGUGAUGCUAACAGGGGUCUUAGAGUGUACUAUGUGUAUGAGAAAAUGAAAAAAUUUGGGGUAAAACCAAGAGUUUUUCUGUAUAACAGAAUAAUGGAUGCUUUGGUUAAAACCAAUCAUUUGAACUUGGCUAUGUCAGUUUAUGAUGAUUUCAAGAAGGAUGGGUUGGUGGAGGAGAGUAUGACUUUCAUGAUCUUGAUAAAGGGACUAUGCAGGUUAAAGCGGAUGGAUGAAGUAUUUGAGCUUUUGGGUCGGAUGAGAGGGAAUCUUUGCAAACCUGAUGUGUUUGCUUAUACAGCAAUGAUAAAGAUAUUGGUUGCAGAGCGGAACUUGGAUGGUUGUUCAAAGGUUUGGGAAGAGAUGCAGCGGGAUGCAGUUGAACCUGAUGUUAUUGCUUAUUCAACUUUUAUUACAGGUUUGUGUAAAAUUAAUCAGGUUGACAUAGGCUAUGAGUUGUUUAAGGAAAUGAAACAAAAGAAUUAUUUAAUAGAUAGGGCGAUUUAUGGAUCUUUGAUUGAAUCGUUUGUAGCAAAUGGAAAAGUUGGUUUCGCUUGUGAUUUGCUUAAAGAUCUGAUGGAAUCGGGCUAUAGAGCUGAUUUGGCAAUCUAUAAUUCUCUUAUCGAAGGUUUCUGCAAUGCAAAACGGAUCGAUAGGGCCUAUAAACUUUUCCAAAUCACAGUUCAAGAAGAUCUUCAACCUGAUUUUUCCACUGUAAGGCCCAUAUUGGUGUCUUAUGCAGAGUCAAAGAGAAUGGAUGAGAUUUGCAAAUUGCUUGAGGAACUGCAGCGAUUGAGCUAUUGCAUUCGUGAUGAUUUAUCCAAAUUCUUUACAUUUAUGGUAGAGAAGGAUGAUAGGAUUAUGAUUGCUUUAGAAGUCUUUGAAUAUUUGAAAGAAAAAGAUUAUUGUGGUGUUCCAAUAUAUAACAUUCUUAUGGAAGCUCUCUAUAGGAAUGGCGAGGUGACCAAGGCACUCACAUUGUUCUCUGAAUUGCGCGAUUCAGAUCAUAAACCCGAUUCAUCGACUUACAGCAAUGCUAUCCAGUGUUUUGUAGAGGUCGGAGAUGUACAGGAGGCAUGUAAUUGCUAUAACAGAAUUAAAGAGAUGUCUUUGAUUCCGUCGGUUGCUGCGUAUCGUUCUCUUGUCAAAGGGCUUUGCAAAAUUGGACAGAUUGAUCCAGCAAUGAUGCUAAUUCGUGACUGCCUAGGCAAUGUGGAGAGUGGCCCUAUUGAGUUUAAGUAUAUUCUCACUAUUAUUCAUGUCUGUAAAAUGAAUGAUGCUGAGAAGGUAAUGAAAGUUUUAGAUGAAAUGCUAGAAGAGGGCUAUUCUCCUGAUAAUGCUGUAUAUUGUGCUGUAAUUUCUGGCAUGUGCAAACAUGGAACAAUUGAAGAAGCACGGAAAUUUUUUGCAAAUAUGAGAAAGCGAAAACAUCUUACUGAAGCCGACUUAGUUGUUUAUGAUGAGAUGCUUAUUGACCACAUGAAGAAGACGACUGCAGACUUGGUGUUGUCUGGAUUGAAAUUUUUUGGUCUGGAGUCAAAGUUAAAAGCAAAGGGGUCUACCCUUUUAGCAGGUUGAAAAAUGAAAAUAGGUAACUUGUUAAACAGAUUCUGUCUGUAGUUGUUGGAGGGGCCAAUCUAUCCACAGGAGGAUUAUAAGUGCAUAUUCUCUUUGAGCGUUGAAAGACUACUCCGAUGCUUUUUGAAGGUAACUUUGUUCAAUUGGAGAUUGAGCAAUUCAUUGGUAACUGAAUCAAACUUUUCGGCCCAAAAAAAAAAAGAAACUAACCCUUUGUCUAGAGACUAAAGGAAAGAAGGAAAAUGUACCUAAAUUUGCCUUCUUUUUUUGGUUCAAGGAAGGGAAAUGGCAAAAGAUAGAUAGAUUUUCAUUUUAAAGUCCUCUAGUUUCUCUCCGAUCUCCCUAUUGUUUUCCACUCUUGUGCUCUCUUUUUUUACAUCGGUGUUGUCAGGUCAGCUUGACUAAUCCACCAGGCAGCUUGUCCAGCUAACAAACACAAGUUGCCAAGGUAAUCUUGAUCAUCAAGGCUGGAGCUGAUGGAGUAACACAAAAUGUUGUAGUUGAGAUUCGAACCUGGGAUCUCCAGGUUAUUACUCUCAUGCCUCAAGCACUAGGCCAUCCCCUUAGGGACUCCAUACUUGUGCUAUUCUCUUUGCUUUCCGUCUUUCCCUAGCUUCCUGACAUAGGAAAAUGGAAAUGUUGAUUUGGCAGUGAGCUGGAUUAUGACCCUGCUAUGAAGGCCCGUUUAGCAGCGGCAUUGAUGACUUCUGCCAAUGUAGCACCGUCUAAUAACCAGUUUGCUAAUAACUUUUUGGUUAUAAAUUAUAAAGGAGUGAAAUUGUUUGAUUAGCAGCCGAGCACAGCUGUCAGUUUAUUUCAUUUGUAAAAUGUGAAGGCUUGAGGUGUUCACUCUCUACUGAAAGGUUGGCCUGACAAUCACUAGGAUUACGGGGAAAUACCAGAUGAGUAAAAGAACUUGCAUAAGUUUAUCAUGUCUUUGUCUGCUUACAGGCCAUAGCCUAUCGCAAUAAGGUUUACAUCCAAAUGCACAGCUAAGGGAUAGAUCUCAUGGUUGUCUUGGCGAGAGCUAAAUUCUUCUAUCCAAGUAUUUGCUUCUUAUAAAGACAAGAUAUCCAUUUGACUUUGCUGCAGGAUUUUGCAGAAAAGAUGAUCAUUCUCAAACAAUUUUGGUGGAUUAACUGCCAAGGGUUUGUCAGCUCCUCUUGGAGCAUUUCUCCACUGAGACAUGUUCAGUGAAAAAUGUUCUAGUUGGGAGUCACCUAUCGAUUUAUGAACAGAUCUUUUUAGUUGCAACUUGAAGUUGGAAAGUGAGCUUAUGCAGAAACUGACUGCAUGUUGAAGUAUAUGUUCGGCCGGAUGAAAGCAUUUACAUGGAAGUAUUUGUCUUCUCUCUCUCUAAGUUGCUGCAGGUAUAGGAGAGACAGGGGGAGAGAGAGUGAAAGUGAAAGAGACCAUCUUGUUGUUUGGUGAUGUGGAAUGGUUUAACAGUGUCUAAGCGCAAGCUGAAUGAUUUGGUCAGAGAAGAUUGGCAAAUUAGAGGAAAUGGAUCAUGCUUCAAGAACAGCAUCAUGGACGAGUUACGAAAGGGAAUGUAUAUGUGCAAUUGCAGAAAGAUCUGUCAGUUUAAUCCGAUUUUUGUAACUAUAUGUAAUAAAUAUUUUUUUCUAAACUUCGUAAAGAUGAGACAAAUAUAUUACCUUAUAAAAAAAAACAAAAAACAAAUACAUCUUGGCAGAACGUCUUAUGCAAAUGCUGAUUUUGCUAA